AUGCAAAUCGGAGCCGGGGUCUAUCACAGUCUCGAGAAGGUCACUAAGGCUAAGUACGGUCAGGUCGCCACUAAUGUUGGUGACGAGGGUGGAUUCGCGGUGCCUGUACAGGACAAUAACGAGGCCUUGGAUGUGCUCAUGGCGGCUAUCAUAGAUGCUGGUCACGAGGACAAUGUCAAGUUGGGAACUGAUGUCCCAGCUUCGGAAUUAUACCUUACCGGGGACGGCAAGUACGAUCUCGAUUUCAAGAACCCAAAUAAGGACAGUUCUCAGCAGAAGAGUGCUGAGGAGAUGAUCGAAUAUUAUAAGAACUGGUUUAACUCUUAUCCAUCCGUCUCAAUCGAGGAUCCCUUCGACCAGGACGGUUGGUCGGCUUACAGCAAGUUCGAAGCUGAGUGUGGUGGUCAUGUCCAAAUAGUCGGCGAUCAUCUGCUUGUCACCAACCCUAAGCGCGUCAAGGAGGCCAUUGAAGAGAAGGCAUGCAAUGCUCUCCUGUCGAAAGUCGAUCAGAUCGGCUCGGUUACUGAGGCUAUUGAGGCCAGCGAUGUGGUAGCGGCCCAAAUCAAAACUGGCGGCCCGUGCCGUUCUGAAAGACUGGCCAAGUAUAACCAGCUCAUGCGCAUCGAGGAAGAGCUUGUCGCGGCGGCUGUUUAUGCUGGGAAGAACUUCCGUAAGGCUGCACAGUAG